AUGUGCCCUUCUUAUCAAGGAAGCUCAUGGUCAGACUCUCCUGUUGCUGUAGCAACAGACUCUUGUAAAUCAAGGAAUGCUCAUUUGAAAGAAUCUGAAAGAAGAGAUUCCAACCAUGAUGAUGAUUUUGUAGAUGGAGAAAUUCAUCCAACACCACGAAGACAAGGAUCAACAGAGAACUCACAUCAGGUCUGCAGAGUAGGACCCAUGGAGAUUCAAUGUCUGGCCGUCGACAUUACUUAUUAUGUAAAGGAAGGCAAGACCCCAGGCACCCUGGUUGGGGAUAUUGCUGCUGACACACACUUGAUGGACAAUUUUCUGAAUCCAGAACAGAGCCUCAUCACUUUCAGUCAGUUGCAAGUGAGGGUGACAAGCACCUCCAAACUGUUCCGUAUGAAUAUCCCAAAGAUGGCAGGCGCACUAAAAGAUGUCAAAGAUGAAAAGAGAGCAGUUAAAGCUCCAGACAAUCAUACCUGCAGAUCUACAAUGUCCUUUCAUACUGACAGUGGAUGCUGCCGCAAUGAAGGAGACAUUGUACUGAGUGAUAAGGUACCAGAUCUGAGGUUCUCUGAAAACUACAAGCCCCCUUCAUGUCAGACUGACCACGUAAAGCACGCAAAAACAAAACCACUUCAAGAAAUAUUCAGCUAUCCCAAGGGGUCAGGUUGCCUUUUUCCGAUCUAUCAGGAACGAAUCAAGCACAGCUUGCCAGCCAGCCAUCUAGCUAGCAAGCCAAGCAGGCAGAAAGAGAAAAGCCAUCUCCUUUUCCUCUCUCUCUCUCCCCACCUAUUAUGUGUAAGCCCACCACCACCACAAUGA